UAAGGUAGUACUGUAUUGUAUCGUAGUGUAGGGUUGGCAUAGCUUAGUUAAGUGUAUAUACCUUAUUCACCUCAUCAUGGCCUCUUCUUCUCGUUCCUACAAAACUCAUCUGAAAAACAAUGAGGAUUUCAAUUUUUUCAAAGAAGAGAAAGCAUCAAAAGCUGUUCAAGAAGAAGAUGAAAAAGAAGAAGAUUGGCUAAACUUAGGGUUAGGGUUGGGAAGUAGCACGUCAUCAUCAUCGAAGAAAAUAGUAAGUCAAAACCCAAUUUCAGCUUCUUCUUCACAAACAGUACUAAGCUGCCCUCAAAUAGGAUUAGGGUUUGAAGAUAAGGGUUUAGGUUUAGAAUCAAUUAGAAAAGGUAAAGAAGGAUUAGAAGGCUUGAAUUGCUAUAAUGACCAUCAUCAUAAUGGCAUGUUAUCAUCACCACCAUCAUCAUCCUCAUGUCAAAUUAUGAAUCCUCGUGGUGAAGACUUGGCUACACCGAUUCCUAGUGAUUCUCAUCAUUACUUCGCCGGAUCAAAUAAUGUUAAUCAUCAUCGCAACCAAUCUGGUUUGUGGUUUACGCUACGCUCCUUUACCAACCGGAAUGGUGAAACUUUGCCUCAAAUAUCAAAGGAAUACAUAAGAGUAAAGGAUGAAAACAUGACGGUGUUGAUGGUUAAAAAGUAUCUGGUCACAAAACUUGGUCUCUCCAACGAAGCUGAGGUUGAUAUCUCGUGCAUGGGAGAAAGCUUGUCGCAUAUACAAACCUUGAAGCAAGUAAGAGACACCAUAUGGCUACCAAGAUUGGUCGAAUCUGUAAAUUCAACAACUUUACCACUAAGAGAUUCCAAUGACCUGACUAUGGACCAUUUAAUGUCACUAAUUUACCAAAAACAUUACAUCUCGAAUUGAGAAAGUAACUAGGGCUUAUUUUUUUUUUGAGAGCAUAGGUAUCAUCCUCAUCAUCAUCAGCUCAUCUAAUUCCAUUUUCUCUACAC